AUGGAUUCGCGCCUUGUGGAAGAAGUCAGAAUCAGCCAAGGAGAGAAAAUGUACAGUCAAUCAGCUGUUUCAGACGACUCUAGCACGGUGUAUACUCCAACCCAUACAGCAGAGGCGGAUAACAUGUCCUACGUCUCUCGACUUGACAUCCGCGAGGGCACCAAUUUCCGUGCGCCAUCCCCCGGAAAAACCUACAUGAUCUUUCACCGGGAGUCGGGCAAGAUGAUCUGCCUCAAGAAUGGAGACUUGAACGUAAGGAAGCCUGACCAACAGAGUGGGCGCUACUGGAAAUGCGUUGAAAAAGAUGGCUGGCUUGGAUUCCGCGAAACAGUGUCAGGCAACGUUCUGGGGCACAAUGGAAAGAACGGUUUUCGCGCCACGAUGAAAAAACACGACCAGUGGGAAUACUUUGUUGUGGUGCCCAAAGGAAAUGAAGGGUGUCAGCUUCAGUCUCUCCGUUGGCCAACAUUGAAGUGGGUAGGCAUCGACAGCGACGGCCGCAGCCUAGUAAACACCACAUCUAGUGACGAAGCCGCGUUAUGGGAAUUCGUGGAAGCGUGA